UUAAAUCAAGGUUAUUCCCAUGAGCGUGUUCUGACUCAACAGUUCGUUCAGAAUGAUAAGAAAUCGUGAUUGUGAUCGAUUUUUGUGAAAAUGAAGAACCUAAGUUCUGUCACUAAGCUAGCACAACAAGCUUUUUUUAGUUCGUUUGAUUAUGUCUUCUGCGAUGUUGACGGAGUCUUAUGGCACUCCCACGAGCUCAUCCCCGGUUCCCGCGACGCCAUCGCCGCCCUCAAAUCCCUCGGUAAAAAAGUCUUCUUUGUCUCCAACAACAGCACGAAAAACCAAGACGUAUACUACGCCCAGCUAAAAACCGCCGGCUUCGACCUCCAAAAAUCCGAACUCAUCCGGCCGCCCAUCGUCAUGAUCGACUUCCUCAAGAAGCGCAACUUCACCAAAGAAAUCUACCUAAUCGGGAUGGCGUCACUGCGCGGCGAACUCGAGAACGCCGGUUUCAAAAUCUCCCGCUUCAACCUAGACAACCCCGAAGAGUCCGUUCCGAAGUACCUCAAAACGUGUAUCACGGUUGACGAGAACGUGGGGGCGGUCAUUGCCGAUUUGGACCUGAACAUGAAUGUGGCGCAGCUGCAGAAGGCUGCGACGUACUUGAACGACCCGGAGGUCAUUUUUAUCACGGGGGGGUCCGACAGGAAGUUGUUUUUCGGGCCGGGGCAGCUUGUGAUAGGGCCGGGGAAGUUCCACGAGAUUUUGGAGGAGAUGAGUGGGAGGAAGCCGCAUUGUUUGGCGAAGCCGAGUCCGGAGUUGAAUGAUUAUAUUAGGGGGAAGUUGGGGGUGGAGGAUGCUUCGAGGGUGCUUUUUAUUGGAGAUUCGAUUCCGGAGGAUAUGGGGUUUGCGACGAAUUGUGGGUAUCAGAAGUUGUUGGUGUUGAGCGGGUUGACUUCGAGGGAGACCAUGGAGAAGUGGGAGUUUCCUGAGGAGUUUAAGCCGGAGUAUUACGUGGAGAGUUUGAAGGUUGUCUGGGAGAGUCUAUCGGGGAGUACAUAAGUCGACUUAUACCCCCAAGGUGCUAAUUCAUGUGAUAUAAUGGCAACAGUUAUAUUUGUUCAAGUUGUUGUUAACGCAUUUAACGCAAGCUAGUUAUUUAUUAAAGGAAAACAUGCAGUCGUAAAUUUUCUUACCAA